ACUGAUGACCUGUUAAGUCUCCAGCUGGGCCAAUUAACAAGCUGCCUCCAGUUUAAAACCCACCUGGAGCUCAGUUGACACUCACUGGCCCAAGGAAACAAUGGAAGAAGCUUCUGUCAUCAAAGAUAUGAAAAGCUUCGAGUGUCCAUCUCCACUGGAGCUUGACAGGGAGUUUUUGGGGGAACAGAGUGGGCUGUCUGCUUUGUCGCUGGAUCUUCCAACGUCGAGGGCAUCAAACGACACACUGGCUGACGGAUCUGACCCCCGACUGUCCAUCCUGGCUUCUCUCUGCCUCUCCUCGGACCCCAUUUCUCCCUCUCUGGCUCCGACCAACGCUCAAGAAUCUGACCGCUGUUACCUGGCCGUGCCUCUGCAGGGAAAGUCCUCCACUCCCUACGAGCUGCUUCUGAAGAAGAAACAGCCUGCUGUGUUGGACCAGUCGUACAGUGACCUCACUGUCUCUCGAAUGUCCUGGGAUGUGUCCGGUAUUACAUCUGAAAUCAAUAGUCCGAGACCCUUCAUGGAGUCCAGUGCUCUGGAGGCAACAUGGAGUCCAAAACCCCAAAUGCAACAUUCAGGAGCCGAUGUUUCCCCCUGAUGUGGCCCACAAAGUCCUUCAGUGAACACACACUUAGUUUUUAUCUGCACAUGGCUGUCUCUUCUGCUCCAUUGAGGAUUCAUCAAAGUGGAAUUUAAAAACCUGUCAUGUGAAGGAUCCAUGUGUGGGGAUUUAUGAGAGCCCUGUGCCUUAUUUACGAUGUUUUUAAAGGUUAUAAUUGAAUAAAUGUAUCCAUGACUUUUA